AAUGGAAGAACAAAACCAGAAAAUGAAGAUAUUAUGCCUCCAUGGGUUUAGAACCAGUGGGAAGUUCCUGGAGAAGCAAAUCAGCAAGUGGGAUCCUUCUCUUUUCCUUCAUCACUUUCACUUGGAUUAUCCAGAUGGAUUAUAUGGUGCGGGAGGGAAGUCGGAUAUAGAGGGGAUAUUCCCUCCUCCAUACUUCGAGUGGUUCCAAUUCGACAAGGAUUUCACAGAAUACACAAACCUUGAGGAAUGCAUCUCUUACCUGUGUCAAUAUAUCACCCAAAAUGGCCCUUUCCAUGGAUUGCUUGGCUUUUCACAAGGUGCAACCCUUUGUGCUCUUCUGUUGGGUUACAAGGCACAGGGGAAGGUGUUAAAGGAGCAUCCACCCUUCAAAAUGUUUGUAUCUAUAUCUGGAUCGAAAUUCAGAGAUCCAAGCAUAUGCGAGGUGGCGUACAAAGACAAAAUCGAGGUGAAAUCGGUCCACUUCAUCGGAGCUAAGGACUGGUUAAGGUUGCCUUCGGAGGAGCUGGCCAAUGCCUUCCAUGAUCCUCUCAUCAUAAGGCAUCCCCAAGGCCACACUGUCCCUCGGUUGGAUGAAACAUCGACCGAACAAUUACACAAGUGGAUUGCAGAUAUUCUGGUUCAAAGCAAGGGAGACAUCUGCGAUGGAGAGCAUGAUGAACUGAAAAAUGUUGAAGAAACAAUGAAGAUCGAUGAUGAAGAGCGAAAACCAAUCAUCAACAACAACUCAAUGGAUGCCUCCGAAUUCGAGAGAAGCGAAGUGAAAGAGGAGACACCAAAACAGAACAUCAUCAACCCCUUGAUUUUGUCUAGAAUCGUUAUCGAGUUUAAAUUCGGGUGCUAUGGUACUCAUGUCGGAGAUGAUGUUUCCAUCAUACCACUUAUGUGCGUGGUAAUUAUUUGUUAAAUGGGCAAGCAUUAACCAAACUAUGUAAUGUUUAAUGGUAGAAUCAAGUUUUUUUAA